ACCCCACCAACAUGUUACAAUCAAUGUAAAAAUAAUUAGGAAAAAUUUUUUUUGAGAUUAGAGAAUAUUUAGAGGUUGCUCAAGAAGUUUAAAAAAUAUUGUCAUUUUUCUGUAUUUUUGAGUUUUGUAAGAUGUAUUGUGUGACAGAUUAUGGUAUUUUGUAUCAUACAUUUAUGUUGAAAUUGACUUGGCUAUUCUUAAAAACACAGCCGUGAAUUAAUAUUGAUUCAUGUUUGUCACAUUCAGUGGUUUUAUCCAGUCAGGAAUCCAUGAUGAAUGAGCUAGCGUCACUGACUGGUUCCGAAGACAACACAGAAGAUGAUAGUGAUGACGAGUGCUAUUUUGCCCCAGCAUGUGCUUCCAGUGGGUCCAACCUCUGGUCCUGAUGUUCAGAUUUUCAAAAGGUUUCAGAAGCACUGGGAGUACAUUGACCGCACAGAUUUCAGGCCGGCUGUGACAACUGAUGAUAAUGAUUUGAUUGCAGACAUCAAAGAUGAUACCACUGAUUUUGUCAUGAAACACCUCGACUGUUUUCAACCAAGAGAUGAUUACAGAGAGCUCCUGGAACUCGUCAUAAUUUUUCUCGGCGGUAGUCCUCCUCGUGGUGUUCAUUUCAGGAUUCCUGGAGCUAUACAUCAUGCACGCUGGAUGGCGAAGGCAUUGUAUGCGCUCAAGAUUUAUCUAUUUCGAGAACAGUUCAAGCUCACUGCUCAUGAAAACAAAGGCAUUCGUGAUGUUUGUGUGUUCAUCGUCCGAUUGAACGUCCGAGUCUGGUUCACUGCUCCUGAUGCCGUCUCUGCUCCUUGUCAUGAUUUGUGGUUUUUGCAAAGUUUGAAGAUGUAUGAGGACAUCAACCCAGCAAUUUCCAAAGCUGCAGUCAGUAAGUUUUCAGGACACCUUUGGUAUUUAAGUGAAGAGUUGGUAGCGUUGGCCCUCUUCGACCCAGCAGUAGCCAAUGAUACAAAGAGAGCCAUGGUGGAAGCUAUGUUGGAGGAAGGAUCUGCUUCUGAUAGUUUGCCAAAAGGUCCAAAGCGCAUAAAAGCUGCCAAGAAGUCCAUCCAGGAAAUGUCCCUUGUGGGGUGUGUGAACCGAAACACCAAGAUUUUCUUCACAAAUUUGGACAUAGCUGCAGAAUUUCUCCAGGCUGAACCAGAAACAUGGGACUCCCGAGACGACUUCAAGGCAGCAUCUUCCAUCGUGCACAGUCCGAAGGUUGUUAACGAUUUAGCUGAAAGGGGAGUGGCACUCAUCGAAGAGUACAAUCCUUUGUUAACUAAUGAUGAGGAACAGAAACAAUACUUGCUGCAAGUCGUACAGGACCACAGGAAGAGAUUCCCCGAUGCAAAAAAGGCCACACUGCUCCAGACUAGUGAAAUCAAUAAAUAAUCAUCAGUCACUGAUAGUGAACCUUUUGUAUGUUGCCAUACUUUUUAGUUUAUUAAUCAGUCAAAAUAUCUUGACAAUAGUUUGGUUCAAAUCAAUUUGUUUCUUGUUUUGAAGCACUCCUCACAGUUUUGCACUAGCUGUGAACCUGAGGACACCAGCGGUAUUCUGUAACAAUGACUGUAAUCAUAAGGCGGUUGCAAAUUAGGUUUAUGAUUCCACAAAUAUACAUGUAACCAUGUGUUGUUUGUAUUAUGCUUUAAUUUUUAGAUUUGUAUCUGGUGUAUGCAUUGUGAAGUUUCACUACAUUCAGUUGAUAAUAAAGAAAUUGAAAGCAUUUUUUCCAAAAUAACCGAUAACGGUAACAUUUCUAAAAAUACGAACAUUUUGGAAAUUUCAAAGGCUGUGAGCAACCUCAAAAUAUUGCAUAAUUACUUUGAAAAUUUGCACAGUUUACUUUUUUUUAUUUCCUAACACAUUGAGGAGGUGAGAGUUGAACAUUUCCCCCCCAAAAAAUUUGACCCCAUAUAAGGACCACCCUAGUAUGAUUUGCCUGCAUCGGUAUUCCGACGAAUAUCAUUUAGGACUUUGAUAAGCACGGUCUCGGUGCUGUGUUGUGGCCGAAAUCCAGACUGAAAUGAGUUAAAAAGAUUGUUUUGCAUCAUAAAAGUCUGGAUCUGUUCAAACACAACCCUUUCGAUAA